AUGGCUUCCAUUACCAUUUCCAACCCAUUACUCUGUUCCAUCUUCUUCCUACUUCUUCUCCAACGCCACUCCGCCGCCGCCCAGAACAACCCAGUUCGCACCGCUUACUGGUUCUCCGGCUCCGAUUUUCCGGCGGCCGAUAUAGACUCCACUCUUUUCACACAUCUCUUCUGCGCAUUCGCCGAUCUCGAUCCCAACACAAACCAAAUCACCAUUCCUUCUUCCAACGCCGUCCGAUUCUCCACUUUCACUCAAACCGUUCGCCGGAAAAAUCCCUCCCUCAAAACCAUCUUAUCCAUCGGCGGAGGCGCCGCCAACACAGCCCAUUACGCUUCCAUGGCCAGCAACCCCAAUUCCCGCAAAUCCUUCAUCGAUUCCUCAAUUUCUCUGGCCAGAUCCAACAAUUUCGACGGCCUCGAUCUCGAUUGGGAGUAUCCAUCCACCCCAAACCAAAUGACGUCGUUUUCUACUCUGUUCUCCGAGUGGCGGGCCGCCAUCGAAACAGAAUCCCAAAGCUCCGGCAAGCCUCGCCUGCUUCUCUCCGCCGCAGUUUUCCGGUCAUCCAACUAUUACGGAGUCCCGAUUCCCGCUCAGUCGUUAGCCGCUAAAUUGGACUGGAUCAACGUCAUGUCCUACGACUUCUAAGGCCCCGGUUGGUCGCCGAGCUCCACGGCGCCGCCGGCCGCUCUGUACGGUUCCUCCAGCCAAGUCAACGGCGACGCCGGCAUAACGUCAUGGAUUUCCGCCGGAGUUCCGCGCAACAAAAUGGUGAUGGGCAUCCCUCUGUACGGGAAGUCGUGGACCUUGAAGGAUCCGAAUGUGCACGGCGUCGGAGCACCCGCCGUCGCCGUCGGCCCCGGCGACAACGGGAUCCUAACUUACGUUCAGGUAGAGGAAUUCAACCGGAAGAGCGAUGCGACGGUGGUGUACGACAUAAGAACGGUGUCGGCAUAUUCGUACGUGAAGGCUUCUUGGGUUGGAUACGACGACGACAAGUCGACCACAACGAAGGUGCAGUUUGCCCAAGCGCUUGGCCUCCGUGGCUAUUUCUUUUGGGCUCUCAGUUACGAUACUCCGGAUUGGAAGAUUUCUACCCAUGCCUCAAAUGCGUGGGUCGAUGUCGACGACCACUAUUGAAAUUUGCGGAUGGAGUUGGACAGUUUCAAAUAAAUAGCUUUCACGGCUGUAUUAUUGUUUUUUUUUUUGUAGUACUAGUAUUAUUAAUGAUUGACUAUAUCUAUAUAUUCUCCAAAUUAUUAAAUAAUGUUACAAAGCUAAUAUAUUUAUUCAUGAUAACCAAA